AUGUCCAUAGUGAGGUAUAAUGAUCAGCAUUUGAGCGUGGUUCACCACAAUAAGCUAUCCAACUCUGUUGUAUUGUACAACUCUCAGACCAAAGACUUGGAGCUUGUUCAUCUGGACAACGAGGAGUCCCCCGGAUAUGGUGGUGGGAAUGGGGCAAGAAGACGAUCUGUACCCUCGCAGUUUGAGUUUGUGUGUCCUGAUUGCGGGUACCAGUUCAACAUUGAUCCGACGUCGGUAAAUCAGUCGGGUGGGUCUCCCCCCACCGGAUCGAGGCCAGAUUUCUUGCACAAUGAUUACUUCAAGCUUCUUGCCAAAGUGGAUGCUGGGAACGAGACAAACAGAGAAUUGAUCUCGUCCUUGUUUCGGCAGUCUCACCCCACCGACUCCGAGAAGAUACCGGUGGAAUUGAUCAACCAAGGGUAUUUCAAGAAGUUCUUCACCGUUCUUGGUGUCCUUGGCAAUGGGUCAAAUGGUAAGGUGAUCAAAGUGGAGCACAAAUUAUAUAACCUCCAGCUUGGAGUGUUUGCGCUGAAAAAAAUAGCCAUUGGGAACCAUUUUGGCAAUCUGGUCAGGAUCUUGAACGAGGUCAAGUUUCUCUACAGCUUGACCGAUUCUUCCAACAGUGGGAACUUGAACAUUAUUAAGUAUAACCAUGUUUGGUUAGAAGUGGAUCAAAUCAGCGACUUUGGGCCUCGUGUGCCAGUGGUUUUCAUACUCUUCGAGUACUGCGAUGGAGGAACGUUAGAAGAGAUGGUUGAAGAGACAAUCCAUCCCAGAUUCAACAUUAAUGAAGAAAAGCUGCUCCGUCGCAGACGCAAGGCAGGUGCAGCAGAAAAAUCACUUCACCAGCGAGGAAAAAGGUACCUCAACAACUUUGAGAUCUACAAGAUCUUCAAGGAUGUUCUGAAUGGACUGCAUCAUUUGCAUGAACAAAAAAUACUGCAUAGAGACCUCAAACCGUCCAAUUGUCUGUUCAAGACUAAAUUCCCUGAAGAUUACAAACCAGUUCAGUCGGUUCGCGAAUUGGACAGGAUCCCAAAUCUCGUUGUGAGCGACUUUGGAGAAUCCAUCAUGGAGAAUAGCAAACGAAGCUCCACAGGAAAUACGGGAACCUUGGAAUACUGCGCUCCAGAACUGUUUGAAAUCGAUCAAACAGGAAGAUUACAUGACUUUUCGUACAAAUCGGACAUUUAUUCGUUGGGGAUGAUACUAUAUUACUUGUGUUUCGGAAAGUUACCUUUCAAAUCGUCAGAUCAAAGCACAAUCAGGGAGGAGAUUCUAAAGUCGGACAUAUUUGACGAUAUGGAAACUCUGCGUACAGACGGAUUGUUGCCUGCGUAUUUGCGAUUAAUUAGAAUGAUGGUUGAUCCGGACUAUACCAAACGUCCCGAGAGCGGCGAGAUUCUUGUGCAAUUGGAGUCGGUUUACGAGCAACUAACACCAAAGACGUAUAAACCAGUUGCGGAGAUUUCCAAGUCUCGGUGGCUGAAAGUCGUUCUCUUGAUGCAUGUGUUGGUCAACAUUUGGAUCUGUCCGUAUCAAAAGAUCAACAAUGUCCAGUUCAUGGUUUUGGGAGGAAUUCUGUGGCAACGGCCUCCGGUCCAGGUGCUGUGGAUCGAGAUGGCGGCAACCUUGAUUUUGUUGGUGCUCAACAUUGACAGUUACCGGUCGAGGUUCUUGUAA